AUGGGAGAGUCGCCUCCAUUCCUUUACAACCCUUCAGCGUACAGCUUUAGUGGACCGACAGACCGCCCUUUCAACCCAAAGGCUGUGACACAGGCGAGCUGGACUCGUCCACCGUCAAAGCCCAAGCCAAAAGGGCCACUUGUGAAUUUCAAUCGGCAUCCGGACUCUUAUUGUAACAUUCCUGAUGGCAAGUCCAAAUGGACUCCAAUGAACCCAAAUACUAAGAAUAGGGUGAUCUGCGGGCGAAAGGUACAGCUUGGGCUGCGUAUUUUACAGCUGAUUGGAGCUCUUGGGUCACUUUUCUGUGCCAUUGUUAUCACAAAUGCUGCUGCUGCCCUUAUAUGGAUUGUCCGUGUCGGACCGGCUGUGGCAAUUUUACACACUCUUUAUGGUAUCUAUCACCUCUGUCGCUCAGUUACAAGACCUGCUGGGACUCAAGCCAGCUACAUGUUAUUUUCUGGGACCUUCGACCUCGGCUUGGUCCCCUUUUACGUGUUUGCGGCAUAUCUAGGCUUCAACCAGUACACUGACAAUGCAUACCAUUGGAGUACUUUGCUCAGUUCCGACUUUGAGGUCUCAACCAAGAUUGCCCAGGCCACAUUUCUGCUAAGUGUCAUCAAUGGCGGAAUGCAUGCGAUUUCUUUGGGAAUUUCGAUCUUUCUGGGUCUUAUUUUCCGCAAAAUUACCCGUCUGCCCCCAGAUCUGAACCCUUUGGAAGAUAACCUGACAGCCCGUCCUCACAAACGAAACAAGUCCGAGAUCACCAAGAAGCAUACUAGCAGCUCUACUUUAGACUCCACCAUGUCGGGCGAGACGCUGAUCGGAGCACCUCGUACUAUGUCAUUCAUGCACACACGGGCCAAAUUAUCCGAGGGUGGUUCUAGUAACGCACCGUUAGAUGCGAAGGAGAAUAGAUUAUCCCAGAUGACCAUGGCUUAUGAUCACGACGAACUUCCUGUGCCGCUGAUGCCUUUUGGCCAACAAGCGGACACUUCAGAGCACAUGAUGUACCAAUUUCCAGACCAGGACGCAGACAUUCUCACGAGGCCUACAACCAGAAUUUCUUACGCUUCACCAGUACGCGAGCGAUCUCCAGAUGUCCCUAGUCGAUCUCAGUGUGCGAGCCCAGCUUCGGAAAACUGGAUCGCGUUCCCGUCUCGAUCCGCUUCACCUGUGGAAGAAGGCCAAAACGAAAAUCUCCUCCGCCGCGAUCCCUCCUCUGCGUACAGCAGAACAACCAACACGCCAGCUUCUGGGAAUAGUGGACCCUUGGAUUGGUUCAACAAUCAGCGUAUUGGAUGGGACCUUGAGGAGACAAUCCGAGAAGAUGUACGGGGCGAAUAUGAAUCUGUUCCCAUACAGGAAUAUUAUGGAAACGAUGAUGAGAAUCAUUAUCUUCCACAACGGGAUAGGCUCUACGACAAUGCCGAAGAAGAUAUUGGGGACCAUCGCAUGCAUAUUUUUGAAGAUCAUGACGAGGUUCGGGAAUCUUCCGAGUCACUACGCGUCAAUCCUUUAGCGCUGAACCCACCCACCCCGCAACCUGCCAUUGAUGAAACGUCUGUCGAUGCAACGCAAAAUGGCCGUAUGGCGCUCGUGGAUAUCCCUAAUCUCUCCCCUAAUCCAACAGCUGCGCCACCCCCUGUUGACAGCCCAGAGAAGAACGGUCGUUUUUACGGUGAACUUGAAAGCAAGACGGGACUCAGUAUUCCCCGGAAUGUCAGCAAUCACGAUGAGGACACGCGUGGCUUCGGGCGGAAGAAGAGCAAACUUAUGAAACGCAGAAGCCAGAAGAUGAGCACUUACGGCGCUCUGAAGCAGCAUGAUGACACGAUCGAUGCCAAUGAAGACGGGCUUAUGGUUCCGCCUCAGAGCCCCAUGACAGUCGAGAGCGAUCGUAAGGGCCGUGUUAUCAGCAACUCUGGGGCUGAUUUCGGUCCAAAUGGAAGCGGUGGAUCGGCUCUAUCAUAUGGCAACUACAUUGCGGGGCUUGGAGUUGGAAGAAGACGAGACGUCAGUGGCAAGGUUGCGGAGGAAGGCCGAGGCGGCAUGAACAAGGCUACAGACGAGAAACCAACCAUCCGGGCUGCUGGAUGGGCACGUUUUGCUGGACUGUAA